AUGGCCGAAGACAACUCUUCAGACGUUCUUUCCACAGAGAAGCUAUCAAAAAAUUAUAGGCGCAGCCGCACAAGAUUCACAGAAGAGCAACUGAAAAUCCUCAUCAAUGCCUUCGACCAAAAACCGUACCCCAGCUAUGCUACCAAACAAAAACUUGCUUCUGAAAUCAACACUGAAGAGUCAAGAAUCCAGGUUUGGUUUCAGAAUCGAAGAGCACGAUAUCGAUUCCAGAAAACACCAGAGAUUAAGGAAGCUUUAGAAUCAAGCGGAGGCCAUGGAGAAGACUACCCAUCCCCUCUAGAUCUUUCUACUGUACAAAGAGAAUCCAGACGGUGUCGUACCAACUACAGCUCCUCUCAACUGCACACCCUCAUCAAGGCAUUUAUGAGCAACCCUUACCCAGGAUUUGAUUCCAGAGAACAACUUGCCAAAGAAACUGGGGUUCCUGAGUCAAGAAUCCAAAUUUGGUUUCAAAACCGGAGAAAUAGAUUCAAUAUCCAGAGAAAAAGGAAAUCUAAUGAGCUCUUAGAACAAGACCCGGGGGAAGAACACUGA